AUGGACGUUCUUAAACUGAUUCUACUGAAUUUUAUCGGCCUGAGCGGAAUAAAUAGUAGAUUUAUAACCAACCCGUCGCCUUUAGUAAGUUCAUAUUGUGGAAGUACAUAUUAUUUUUUAAACGAGACACACCAGUAUAAAGACGCUAUCAGUCGUUGUAUGGCGAAGGGAUAUGAUGGUUUGGCGGUACUUAUUCGACCAGAACAGAACCAACUAGCUAAAUCUGUUAUCAAAACAGAGAGCAACAAUAAAAGCAAAGAAGUGUGGAUGGCCUUGGAGUACCAUGAACCAGUCUGGCAGUGGAAAAGAGACGAUGUUUGGCUUAAUGUUAAAAGUCAAUUUAAUAUAAGCUGGGCCAAUAACGAACCUAACAACUUUGAUAAAGAACGAUGUUGUCGAGUAACGUACAAUCCUACAACAAAUCCACAAUUUCAGUGGAGAAGUAUACAAUGUACUGCUAGAAACUAUUUUGCUCUCUGUCAAAAAACAGAAUUACCCUUCACUCGACAUUCUCUAAUGGAGUUAUAUUGGUCUAAUGGUACAGAACCAACUGGUACAGAAGUGUACAUGGUGAAGAGCGUUUUUGAAUGUAUGUUUCUCUGCUUGGAGCAAUGUACCUGUACAUUCACAUAUCAUUGUGCUGGUACCUGUCACAUUGUAACAGGGAAUAUAACAGCUAUGAAGCAAAACAUUGGACCUGGAACUUACUAUAAAAAAACUUAA